AUGACGAGCUCCAAGGGAUUUCCAGCCGUAGAUGAUGGCGACAAGGAUUUCUUGGCUGGCUUGAUUUCUGCAGAUUGUGUAACUUCAAAGGAGAUCAAGGAUAAAUAUGAAGAGGCCGAAAGGAAGGAACGUGAAAAGAAGGACAUUCAGAACCUUAAAACCGUGUUCGUUAUUACAGGGAUUAUGGUGGCUGUGGCCGGUGCAAUCUUCGCCAUAACCAGGAAGCUCAGAGAGAAAUGA